AUAGCAACAAUAUCUGGAUCUGUUUUUGGUCGAUGGGCUCACACAGCUACUCUUACAACUAAUAACCGAAGCAUAAUAAUGUACGGGGGUCAUUCAAAUAAUUCUUAUCCAUUAGGCAGCAUUGCAGUUUUGGAUCUUACCACUUAUAUAUGGACUAAUACCAUACCUUCUGGUGAUCCUGGUGCUAAGCCAACAAUAUCACCGAGCUUCCAUACGGCUGCUCUCUAUAAUGAUUAUAUAAUUUUUGCAUUUGUAAAUAUCCUAGAUAUUUCACACGAUUCAUAUAAAUGGGUUUCCUUAUAUACUCUACGUACACCAAAUUCAUACGUAACAACUCCCCCCAAUAGCCUGAACACUGGGAUUGUUGUAGGGUUAAUAGUUGUGAGUGUUGUGUUCGUUGGAUCAUUAGCUAUUAUUAGCUAUUUAAUUUAUUCUAGGAAUAAGUUUAAAAAAGAAAAGGAAUUUAAGUCAAUAGAAGAUUCUAGUAACGAGGUGAUUAUGUCGACAGAAAUUCAACAUUCUAGUAAUGAAGUGGUUGACGAUGGGUGA